CUUCCACUGCUUGCUUCACGCUGCUACAGACAGACACCGGUGUUGUGUGCUGUAAAAGCAUGAAUUAGAGCACAGCUGCGUGAUUAUUAAUGCAGAGUAUUCAAGAAAGGGUGCCUUUGUUGAUGAUGUUCAUCAGAUUCCUGUAAGCAUCUCUCCACCAACGAUCUGCACCAACAACAGCCUUCAACAAUGAAGAUGUUUCAGAAUCAUCUAAGACCUUCAGGGAGAACUUCCCUCUUUGCCUUCAUCGCAGUUUGGCUGUUCGUUGCCAUUUCCUCCGAUGAAGAUUACUACAAGUUGUUGGGUAUUUCGAGAGAGGCCGGCACACGUGAGAUUCGGCAGGCCUUCAAAAAGCUCGCUCUAACAAUGCAUCCGGACAAAAAUCCUAACGAUGAAACGGCCCACGACAAUUUCUUGAAGAUCAAUCGGGCCUACGAGGUGUUGAAGGAUGAGGACCUGAGGAAGAAAUAUGACAAGUAUGGAGAGAAGGGCCUGCAAGAUGAACAACAGGGAGGAAGAUAUGAAAGCUGGAACUACUACAGAUAUGAUUUUGGAAUAUAUGACGAUGAUCAAGAAAUUACUACAUUAGACAGAGGGGACUUUGAUGCAGCAGUAAAUUCUGGGGAAGUCUGGUUUGUCAAUUUCUAUUUCCCGCGCUGCUCGCACUGUCACGACCUUGCUCCGACGUGGCGGGAGUUUGCUAAGGAGAUGGACGGUGUGAUUCGGAUUGCCGCCGUGAACUGUGGUGAUAAUGGCAGAUUGUGCCGUAGCAAAGGAAUUAGCAGCUACCCCAGCCUCUAUGUGUUCAGAGCUGGAAUGAAUCCAGAGAAAUUCUAUGGCGACCGAUCAAAAGCAAGCCUCACCACAUUUGCAAUGAAUUUUGUGCAGAGCAAAGUGACAGAACUGUGGCAAGGGAAUAUCUUCACAGAGAUUGACAAAGCGUUUGCUGAAAGAAUUGGCUGGCUGAUAACAUUCUGUGCAGACACUGGGGAUUGUCUGGAGGCUCAGACAAGACGGAAGCUCGCUGGAAUGUUGGAUGGUCUGGUAAAUGUAGGAUGGAUGGAUUGCUCCAAACAGGCAGACCUGUGUGACAGCUUUGAGAUCACCACUAGCACGACAGCCCUCUUCCCCCCUGGCAGUUCCCUUGCUCAGAAAGGCAGUGUAUUGUUUAUCCAGAGUUUGGAUACUAAAGAAAUAUAUGCACAAGUAUUGAAGUAUCUGCCUGACCUUGAGAUCCUAACAAAGGACAGCUUUGAGCAUAAAUUGGCUCAUCACCGGUGGCUCAUUUGCUUCUCCUUUGGACAAAAUGAUUUGGCAUCACAGGAGUAUAAAAAACUCAAAGCUCUUCUGAAAGACUCUCACAUACAGGUGGGAAAGGUGGACUGUAUCUCAGAUUCUGAGCUGUGUGCUUCUUUGUAUAUUCAGAGGCCCUGUGUGGCUGUUUUUAAAGGAGUUGGAAUUCAUGAUUUUGAGAUUCACCAUGGUAAGGAUGCCCUGUAUAACAUUGUGGCCUUUGCGAAAGAGAGUGUAAAUGCCCAUGUCACCACACUGAGGCCUGAGAACUUUCCCAGUCAUGUGAAAGAGCCCUGGUUGGUUGAUUUCUUUGCACCUUGGUGUCCACCAUGUCGAGCUGCUCUCCCUGAACUGCGGAAAGCCUCCAUUCAGCUCUUUGGACAGUUGAAAUUUGGUACUCUGGACUGUACUGUGCAUGGGGGGCUCUGCAGUACGUACAACAUUAAUGCAUAUCCAACAACUGUGAUCUUCAACAAGUCCAGUAUCCAUGAGUACGAGGGCCAUCACUCUGCGGAAGGCAUCCUGGAGUUUAUAGAGGACCUGGUAAAUCCUGUGGUGGUGACUUUGAGCCCAGAGUCUUUCCAGGAUUUGGUGAAGAGACGCAAGUCCACAGUGACAUGGAUGGUUGAUUUCUAUGCCCCGUGGUGUGGCCCCUGCCAGGCCCUGCUGCCAGAGUGGAGGAGAAUGGCACGGAUGCUGAGUGGUGUUGUAAACGUGGGCACAGUCGACUGCCAGAGACACCACUCAUUCUGUCAGAGUGAGAAAGUGCAAGCUUACCCAGAGAUACGCCUCUUCCCUCAGAAAAGCAACCGCAGAGACCAAUACCAAAGUUACAAUGGAUGGCAUCGAGACGCCUUUUCACUCAAGACUUGGGCAUUGAGCUCGCUGCCACAUGCCUCAGUAGAUCUGUCACCUGAAGACUUUAAGAGAAAGGUUUUGGAUGGAAAGGAUCACUGGGUGUUGGAUUUCUACGCUCCAUGGUGUGGCCCAUGCCAGCACUUUGCCCCAGAGUUUGAAGUUCUUGCCAGGAAACCUGGCUGAGUGAAGCCAUUCCGGACAGCGCGUUACAUCUGCCGGGCUUCCAGCUGUUCAGAGCGGAUCGCAUCACGGAGUUAACGGGGAAAACGAGAGGCGGUGGAACAUGCUUUUAUAUCAAUGAAAGUUGGUGUACAGAUGUAACAAUGUUAAAGAGGAUGUGCUGUCCUAAUUUGGAAGCGUUCUUUAUUAACUGUCAGCCUUUCUACUUGCCACGGGAGUUUUCCUCGUUUAUUCUGGUGAGUGUGUAUAUUGCACCAAACGCGUGUUUGAACACAGCGCUGCAACAGCUGGCUGAUCAGAUCACUGACACAGAACAACAAUACCCGGACUCAGUUAUUAUUAUUCUUGGGGAUUUUAACAAAGCAAAUCUCACACGUGAACUGCCCAAAUACAAACAGCACAUCACAUGCCCCACCAGAGACAGGAACAUACUGGAUCAUUGUUACACAACAAUAAAGGAUGCAUAUCGCUCUGUCCCUAGAGCAGCUUUGGGACUCUCUGAUCACUGUCUGGUUCAUCUUCUUCCAACCUACAGACAGAAAUUAAAAUCAACCAAGCCAGUAGUAAGGACUGUAAAGAGAUGGACCAAUGAAGCAGAGCGAGAACUACAAGCCUGCUUCAAUUGCACGGAUUGGAGUGUUUUUGAGGCUGCAGCCACAGACCUGGACGAGCUCACAGAUACUGUUACAUAUAUCAGUUUCUGUGAGGAUAUGUGCAUUCCUACUAGGACUUAUUUAAAGUUCAACAACAACAAACCGUGGUUUACAGCAGAGCUCAGGCAGCUUCAUCAGGCCAAAGAGGAUGCUUACAGGGGUGGGGAUAAUGUCUUAUAAAAUCAGGCCAGGAACACACUGAACAAGGAAAUCAGAGUGGCUAAAAGAAGAUACUCUGAGAAGCUGAAAAACAAGUUUUCAGCUAACGACCCUGCAUCAGUGUGGAGUGGCAUGAAACAACUCGCAAAUUACAGGACUCCUACCCCCAACCCUGUAGGGGACCAACCACUGGCUGACGACCUGAAUGUGGUGUUCUGCAGAUUUGAAAGGCCCAAUCUCACACCUCACACCCACUCUGACCUUCACUUCACACAAACAUCAACACCUCCUGCAACCCCCCUCAUCCCCCCUCCUGCUACUCAACCUGCACUUAAGAUCUGUGAAGAUGAUGUGAGCCAUGGCUUUCGGAAACAAAAGACGAGGAAAGCUUCAGGCCCAGAUGGCGUUUCACCAGUGUGUCUUCGAUCCUGUGCUAACCAGCUGGCCCCUAUCUUCACACAGAUCUUCAAUAAAUCACUGAAGCAGUGUGAAGUCCCAUGCUGCUUCAAACGCUCAAUCAUUAUUCCUGUCCCAAAGAAACCAAAAAUCACAGGACUUAAUGACUACAGGCCUGUCGCCCUGACGUCUGUGGUCAUGAAGUCAUUUGAGAGACUGGUGUUGGCCCACCUGAAGAACAUCACUGGACCCUUACUAGAUCCCCUUCAAUUUGCUUAUCGAGCAAACAGGUCUGUGGAUGAUGCAGUCAACAUCAUAUCCUGCAACAUCUGGACAGACCAGGGACAUAUGCAAGGAUCCUUUUUGUGGACUUCAGUUCGGCUUUCAACACCAUCAUCCCAGCUAUACUCCAGAAUAAAUUACACCAACUCUCUGUUCCCAUGUCUAUCUGUCAGUGCUGACAGUGCUACCAGCUUUCUGACAGACAGGCAGCAGCUUGUGAGACAGGGGAAACUCACUUCUAGCACCUGUACAAUCAGCACUGGUGCCCCCCAGGGAUGUGUGCUCUCCCCACUACUCUUCUUCCUCUACACCAAUGACUGCAUCGCCAAGGACCCCUCUGUCAAGCUCCUGAAGUUUGCAGACGACACCACUGUCAUCGGCCUCAUCCGAGAUGACGAUGAGUCUGCAUACAGAAGGGAGGUUGAACAGCUGGCUGUCUGGUGCAGUCAAAACAACCUUGAGUUGAACACGCUCAAAACAGUGGAGAUGAUUGUGGACUUUAGGAGAAACACCCCAACAAUGACCCCCCUCACCAUUCUAAACAGCACUGUGGCAGCAGUGGAGUCAUUCAGGUUCCUGGGCACUACCAUCUCACAGGACCUGAAGUGGGAGACCCACAUUGACUCCAUUGUGAAAAAGGCCCAGCAAAGGUUGUACUUCCUUCACCAGCUGAGGAAAUUCAACCUACCACAGGCACUGCUGAUACUGUUUUACUCAGCAGUCAUUGAGUCUGUCCUCUGCACUUCAAUAACUGUCUGGUUUGGUUCAGCUAUGAAAUCAGACAUCAGAAGACUACAAAGGACAGUUCGGACUGCUGAGAGGAUUAUUGGUUGCCCCCUGCCCCCCCUUCAAGAAUUAUACACUUCCAGAGUGAGGAAAAAGGCUGGAAAAAUCACUCUGGACCCCACUCACCCUGCCCACUACCUUUUUGAGCUGUUGCCUUGUGGCCGACGCUUCAGAACUCUGAGCACCAGAACCGUCAGGCACAGGAACAGUUUUUUCCCUCAGGCUAGCCAUCUCAUGAACAGUUAAAUUGCCCCAUUGAGCAAUAACUAUGUGCAAUACACAGUUUAGUCUUUUUUAUAUUUAUCUAACACAUCCAACCUCUUCUGCCAUUUCAUUCCUCUGAGAAAAGAUAAAUAAAUAAUUUGCACUGUACAUAACGGAUUUGUAUUUGCAAUGUACGUAACUGAUUGUAUUAGAUUUGCAUUACCCAUGUGUAUGUAUGUAUGUAUGUGUGUGUCUGUACGUAUGUAUAUAAUUAUUUUUUAUUUUUUAUUAUUAUCUAUGUCUUGCUGCUGUUUUUGUAUUGUUUUUGUAUUGUUGUACACUGGAAGCUCCUGUCACCAAGACAAAUUCCUUGUAUGUGUAAGCAUACUUGGCAAUAAAGCUGAUUCUGAUUAAACACUGGAGUCAUGUUGGCACCAUUGAUUUUCAUUGUAUGGAUAUAUUCACAUCAUAUCUCCGUCAAAAUGACUUUGUUUGUGUU